GUGUGCUUCGAUUCUGUGAAUUACGCACUCGGCCAGACACUUUUCAGGCUACUGUCAGGGAACCAAGUAAAAAACAACAAACCGUUUCACUUGGAAAACGGAUUUAAAAACUCGAAAUAAUACCUAGAGAGAGAUCUCUGAGACACAAGAGGAACUCACGCGCAAGGAAGACCAGGAGCUGCAGGAACGAUGUCACAGAAACCGGGAAAGGGCGAUGGCAAGCAGGUUAAACCGAAGAUGAGGAGCUCCAAGACAAAGACCGAGGGGGGCGGAGGCGGUGGCGGCGAUGCCGAUGACUUCGAUGCCUGGAUGAAGUCCCGCCAGCUCCUCAAGCCGGACGACCAGCUUGAACUCACGGAGGCAGAGCUCGGCGAGGAGAUCACCAAGGUGCUGACGCCCACCAACACGAAUGUCAUCCGCAACCUCGUCGUGUACAGCUUUAAGGAGGGGGAGUUUGUCCCGGCUCCGCAGCCGGGCAACACCGUCACUCUGAUAGCCUUCACCGGCAAUUCACUGCACGUGGACUCGGAGGAGGCGCGCCGCCAGAUCGAGGAGUCGGACGAGAUAGCCUACCCGCUGCCCAUGCCCAACUACACGGUGGUGGAGCAGCGUGAACCAGAGGCCGGAGAGGGUGAGGAGGGAGAGGACGAGGAGGACGAAGAUGACCGCGGUGGUAAGGAUGCAGCCCCAGACGAAGAGGAGGUCGAGGAAGAAGAUGAUGAGGAGGGUAAGGGUACCGAGGGCGAUGAGGGCGAAGGCGAAGGUGACGGCGGCGAAGCCCGCGACGAAGACGCUGCUGGGGCUCAGCGCGCACCAGGUGCUUCAUCUAAGAAACGGAAGCUAAUUAAUCAGUUCAACUACUGCGAACGGGCUGCUCUUACCUAUACCAACCCGAAGAGGAGCGUGGACACCCAAACGAUUCCCCCGCCCCGCUCCCAGUUCGGAGCUAAUGUGCUGCAAUGGGUCAUCUACGAUUCCUACCUUGAGAACUUUGCGGAGCAGCAGAAGGAGGGCGGCAAGAAGGAUGAGCGUAAGCGUGGUAGACGCGAAAAGAAGUUCAAGGACAAGUCCGCCAUCGCCGAGCAGCUGAACAAGAAGUAUCUCAAGUGCUGGCAGAUCCUCGAGCGAAUGAUCAACCAGAACAUCUAUGAUGAUAUUGCUCAUGACUAUCGCUACUGGGAGGAUCCAGCAGAUGAGUAUCGGGAGGGCGAGGGCAACCUUCUGCCUCUGUGGAAGUUUCAGUAUGAUAAGACCAAGAAGAUGAACGUCACCGAUAUCCUUUUUAAUCCCAGUUAUUACGAUUUGUUUGCAGUCUGCUUUGGGUCACAUGAUUUCAUGAAGCAAACCAACGAGGGUUAUUUGUGUCUCUUCACCGUCAAGAAUCCUUCAUUUCCGGACUAUAUCAUCCAAACCGACAGCGGCGUAAUGUGCUGCGACAUCCAUCCAGCGUAUCCUUUUCUGGCGGUGAUUGGGCUGUACGACGGCAAGGUGGCCGUGUAUAACCUGCGGGAGGACUGCAAGGAGCCGCUUUACGUGUCCAAGGGCGUCAAUUGCAAGCACGGCGAGUGCGUGUGGCAGAUCAAAUGGGGAAAGGACAUGAGCGACGGCGAAGUCAACUUCUUCUCAGUCUCCUCUGAUGGCCGGGUCUUCAACUGGAUCCUCAUGCAAAACAAGCUCUGGGUUACCACCAUUAUUACGCUGUACCGGGAGAACGGACUAGUGGACGGACCGGAUGGCACCAAGGUUAGCCUGAAGAGUGGGGGCUCUUGCAUGGUUUUCCAUCCCGUGGACAACAAGGUCUUCCUGGUGGGCACCGAGUGUGGCUACAUUUACAAGUGCAGCACGGCCUUCAGCUCCAAGUAUCUAAUGACCUAUAAUGCCCACAACAUGUCUGUUUAUCGCAUUGAUUUCAAUCGCUUCAACUCCAACAUCUUCGUGUCCUGCGGCGGCGAUUGGCGAGUUAAAGUCUGGGAAGACAUGCGCGCCGAUCCGCUCUUCAUCUUCGACCUGGGCUCUGCCGUUGGCGAUGUGAAGUGGGCCCCUUACUCGAGCACCGUUUUCGCCGCUGUUACCACCGAGGGCAAGGUGCAUGUUUUCGAUCUGAAUGUAAACAAAUACAAGGCAAUUUGCAUCCAGGCUGUGGUGCCCAAGCGGAAGAACAAACUCACCCGGCUGGCCUUUAACGAGAAGCUUGCCUUUAUAGUGGUAGGCGAUGAAAAAGGUGUUACCACUUCCCUGAAGCUGUCGCCUAACCUCCGAAUGAUGGUCAAGCCGCCCAAGAAGCAGCUGUAUCUUGACCAAACCACCCUGCAGAUAGGAAAGCUGGAGAAGCUGCUGUCCCUGGUCCGGGAGCUGCCCGAGGGAAGUGUGGUGCCCGAUGCAGCCACCACUGUUCGCAGCUAAAUAACUCACGAGUUCCAUAUAUAUUUUGAUAAGCCCCGCAGAUAAAACACUCGAGUCUGAUUGUAUGUAUUAUAUUUUACACAUAUAGAUCUGCUGGUUCUAAAAGAAUCGUA